AUGACACGCAACCAAACCACAUUCGACUAUGAGGCUUUCCUCACGCCCCCAAAACAUGGAAUUGAAUCGCCCCAGCCGCCGCGUACGCUCUUGGGCAUGGACGACGCGCGCGCCUCUGUCGUUGUCCCGUUGCUGGCCUACUGGGUUGUGUCAAUCUUCUAUGAGACGGCGCACUACAGCGGCUGGUUCGACAAAUACCGCGUCUACCCAACUGGCGAAGAGAAGCGGCGCAACCUCGUAACGCGCUGGGAGACGCUUCGCGUCGUAAUUGUCAUGCACGUCGUGCAACUCGUCUUUGGGCUCGUUAUGGCGAGCAUCCUCGAGCCUGCCGACGGCGCUGUGGCGGGGGUUUCAGUAUGGGGCCAGUUCGGCAGCGCUGAGUUCUUCGGGCUGGAGAUCAAGAGGCGCCUCCCGAAUGUAGCUUCAGUCUUGAGACCAGAGGCGCUGUGGAUGAUUUCUCACAGCUUUCGGUGGGCUUGGCUGGGCCUCCGCCAGCUCAUAGCCUUCUUCUUGUUUGACACUUGGGCGUACUGGGUGCACUACUUUGAGCAUAUGAUUCCGUUCCUCUACCGUCGCAUUCACUCCGUCCACCACUACAACUACAUUCCCUAUAGCUACGCCGCAUCCUACAACCACCCGAUUGAGGGAUUUUUCAAUGACAUACUCGGCUCUUAUCUUUCCAGCCGGCUAGUAGGUCUCAGCGACCGCGAGGCUAUGGUAUUCUUCGCAACGGCGAGCGUCAAGGCUGUAGAUGACCACGCCAGUCUGGAGCUGCCGUGGAACCCUCUCAAUCUUUGGGGCUAUAUCUUUGGCAACGGCAUGGUCCACCAUAACAUUCACCACCAAGUAUGGGGCCUCAAGGUAAGAAAACUAUCGUGCCCGCUGGUUCUACUAUGGCUUUUGCAGACCAACUAUGGCCUUUACUUCACCUUCUGGGACCGAGUGAACAACACCAUCUACAAAGGCAGCAGGCGGCUGUCUGAGGCAAAGGAGAAGUGGGCGGCACAGCAUAAGGAGGAGACUGAAAAGAAGGACAAUUAG